UCCAACAACAAAGAUGGUACCAGGUAAAAACGAAAGUGCGAUGAAAUACACAAAUUCGCCCUAAAAAUGAUCAAUGAAUGCUAAUUCAAACGUGUCACAUAAUUUUACAUCAAUUCAAUGGUUGACAACAAUACGAGCGUAAUAAAAGAUUGUUUGUGCAAUGGAUUUGAUCAACAUUGAUUCAUUUUUGUCUGCAAUAGAAGAAGGGGAUUUUGAGCUGGUAAAAAAUGUAAUCUUGAAGGGUUUUGAUGUUAACAUUGGUUUACCAGAAGAUGACUUUAAGCCAUUACACAUGGCUGUUAAGUCUAAUCAAUUGGAAAUAUGUAAACUUCUUAUAGAGCAUGGUGCUGAUAUAAAUUUAAAGGAUCAGUAUGAUGGGUGGACAGCCAUGCACUGGGCAACCCAACCUGACGUGGAUGGUGCUAUUUUGUUGUACUUACUGCAACAUGGUGGAGAUCCAAACAGUGAAACUUUCGCUAAAAGAACACCCUUGCAUGAAGUUAUGUUUAAAUAUAAUCCCACUAAAUUAUUUCACUUAUUUAAUGCUGGUGUGGAAAAAUCCUUGAAUAUUCAAGAUACAAUGUUUAAAGAAACACCCUUGUUUUGUGCUGUGAGAUUUUUACACUCAGAUGCAUGUCACCUGAGCAAUGACAUAGCCUUGCCUUGCGCCAUAGUGGUAAAAGAACUGAUCAAAAGAGGGUCUGAUGUCAAUUUAACCAAUGCUAAAUCUGAAAAUAUUUUGCACAAAGCCAUGGCAAUUUCUUGUUACGAAAUUACCGAUAUGUUGAUAAAUCAAAAAUGUUCUGUUAAUGCACUAGAUAAAGAUGGAGACACACCACUUCAUAAGUUGGUUGCUUAUAAUUGUCAGGAUGUAAAAGCAAAUAUGGGACAUGUUAAAUUUAACUCAGAUGUUACGAAUGUAAGCUCGGAUUUGUUACAGCGGCAUUUAGUUAAUGCAGUUAUGGAUCAAAACAAAAAUUCAGUUCCCGAUGGAGAAGAAUGCAAAGACAAUGGGCAAGAAUAUAGAAAGUCAGUGUUUGAAAAAACUUUGUCAUUAUUUCUAUCUUUUGAUGUAAACAUCAAUUUGGGGAGUCGAAAUGGAAAUACACCUUUUCACGUUGCAUCCAUGGUUUUGAAGCCAAUUAUUCACCCGAAAGAGUUGUUAUUGAGUUAUGGUGCUGACAUUAAUGCUAAAAACAACCAGGGAAAAACACCAUUACAUCUCACUUGUGAAUAUACACAAUACAGUACUGAUGUAUUUGGUGUGUCAAAUGAAAAAGAAGUUGAACAGACACUCAACCUGUUUAUUUCAAAUGGCUCGAAUAUUAACAGUGAAGAUGUUUGCAAAUUGACACCUUUAGAUUACGCUCUUAUGGCAGAAAAUAAACAGAUCUGUAAUUUACUUCUAAAAGCUGGUGCUACCGUAACAAGAUCACACAUAUGUGGUGUGUCACCCUUACAUAAUGCUGCGCAAGCAAUAUGCCCUGAUUUAAUAGAUCUGGUGUUAAGUUAUGGUGGCAAUAUUGAAUCUAAAGAUAUGUAUGGUGCUUCUCCAUUGUUUUAUGCUGUUUAUCAAGAGAAUAAAGCUUCAGCUAAACAUUUACUUGAACUCGGAGCAGAUGUUAAUGCAGUCGAUCGAUUUAAUUACACUGCGAGGGACAUAGCUGAAUAUUUUGAGGACGAUAGCAUGUUACUGUUGCUUAAUAGCUUCUAUAAUAAUGAACUACAUGAAGAUAAAUUAAAAAUUGAAAAUGCCGUUACGAACAAGGUAUCAAUCGACCAGAGGGACGAAGAAAGUAUGUCUGAUUAUUCAGAGGAUAAUGUGACAACGGUGAAGCUUGGCCUGGAAGAAGUAGAUGGCUGGCUCGCGAACAAAAAAUGGAAAGACGGUAUGGAACAAAAAAUUAAAGACUUUUUGUCAAAGCCUCCCAUUUUGGAGAGUCAAGAGUAUGUCUUGAUAAAAGAGAAAAUUGUUUUGUUUAUGAAGCGCGUGUCGUUAGCUGUGGCUGAACUUGAUGAGAGGUUAAAGUUUAUUCCCGUGAUAUCUGGAAGUGUCAGUGAAGGAACAAAGGUGAAUGCGCCAGAUGAAUAUGACAUUUUAGUAAGUUUCACAGGUUUUUCUGGUAAAGUUGAUAUCAUUGAGGGUGGCAACACUCCAGCUGGUUACUGCAAUGUAAUGCUAAGGGAUACAUAUUUAGAAGAUCCUAUAGCAGCAUUUUUUUCUAAAAGUAGAUACCUAUCUUCUGAAAAGCUCUCGCCAGUACUUUACAGUGGCAUAUGCAAAGUUCUUUCCAACACAGACUUAUGGAAGGAUCUAGGUUUUGUUUGGGAUUUCGGCCCCUAUGAUGCUGCUUCAAAAAUUUCAACAGUGCACCUAAAGUGGUUUGGUCCAAUCUUUAAAGGAUUGCUCGUUUCAGUUGAUCUUGUACCUGCUAUUAACAUGCCUGGAUGGUGGCCGUGUGAUAUGAAUGAAGAUCUGUCUUUUAUUACAUCGGAAAUGAAAGAUAAAUCUGGCUGUAUGAUUGUCCUUAAACCUAAGGAUAGCGUUUAUUCAACUCAAGUAAACCAAACAUUGCGCGUAUCCUUUUCAAAAUUGGAAAGUUUGAUUUUUCAAGUUCAACCCGAUUUUAUCCGAAAGGGUUACAUGUUGGCAAAAUACAUUCGCGAGCAUUGCCCGUCUCUCUAUAUGUUUGAAGAUCGAAUAAUAAAUUGUAGCAUUGACAAAAGCUUCUCCACGUACAACUUGAAAACAGUGUUGUUUAACCUUCUAAAGGAAGGAAAAAUUCUUUCAACAGCAGGAUUACCGCCAAAAAAUCGUGUUCGAUAUGUAGCAUAUAAAAUUUGGAUGGGGGUGCUCGAAGCAGCAGAAAAAGGUAUCAUGAAAUCAUUUUUUGUACAUGAACAUAAAAUUUAUGAUGUUAUUGAAGAUGACCACGAAUGGAAAAUGGGUUUGGCUUUUAGUAAAAUAAUUACAAACAUAUUGAAACCGAAUUAGAUUUUGGGUUACUUCUCUUGAGAUUAAAAACUUGAAGUUUUUUUGUAUAUAUUAUUUUAAAUCAGCGAUUUUUUUAUUUUUUAUGAGAUAAUUUUUUAAAAAAUUUUUGAGCAAUAUUUUUAAGAUUUAACUACAAUAUUUUUAUUCAGUUUGGUAUAAGCGCUUUGUAACAUAGCCAACA